CCACCCCUUGUGUAACACCCUCUGGCUUUAAGUGUCUUAUACAAGCCUUUACUCACCCAGCACCGAGCUGUGCCUUAAGCUGGGAUUGAUGGAGAAUCCAAUUUAGGAAAACACCCUCGGAUGAAGAAAGCACGAAGCAAAGAGGAAAUUUCGUGUGGACGUUUCCGAGCGUGACGGCACCACCAUCCUCAGGACCAUCUCCAGGAGGGCUCCUGGGGUAGGUCAGAUCCUUGGGUAUAAAAGAGGAGCCUGGAUUCAGCCCUGAGCAUCCGAGCUGGCCGUGGUGGAGGAUUACAAGAGCUGGUUUUGAUCAGGGGAAAAAUUCUGUUUUUAGCACAGGCUGCAAUUAAAAUAGCUCGUGAAUCGAAACGCCUCGGGGAGCUGUCAUAAAAGGAGGAGGAAAAUCCAUCUUCUGGCCUCCUCCGGAGCUGGAGAUGAGCCUGGAGAAAGCAGAGGAGAAAGCUUGAGGUUCACCUGGUGAAGAAGGACCAACCCCAGACGUCGAGCGGGAUAACAUUGAUUUGAGAUGGCCGAGGAGGAUCUCCGGGGUUCCAGCACCCCGUUCUCCCUCUCCUUUUCGGGCAGUGGUUUUCUGGCCCUCUACCAGGUCGGGGUGGUGCAGUCCCUCCUGGAGCUGGCUCCUGAACUCCUCAAAUCUGCCUGCAAGGUCUACGGCUCCUCCGCCGGCUCCCUCAUCGCCGCCGCCGUGGUCUGCGGCAUCGGCCUGGAUGACCUAAAGGAAUUUUUCUUUGCCAUGGCAACGGAGGUCAGGAAAACCAUCCUGGGCCCUCUCUCUCCCAAGUGCAGCUUGCUGGCCAACAUCAAGACCGUUCUGCAGCGGAUGCUGCCAGAGGACUCCUACCAGCUGGCGUCGGGGCGGCUGCACAUCUCGCUCACGCGGGUGAUGGACGGCCAGAACGUCAUGGCCUCCGAGUUCAGCUCCAAGGAAGAGCUCAUUCAGGCUCUCCUCUGCAGCUGCUUUCUCCCCAUCUACUGUGGAUUCAUCCCUCCGUCCUACCGAGGUGUGCGAUACGUGGACGGAGGAUUCACUGGGCUGCAGCCCGUUUCCAGCCUGGAGGAAGCCGUGAUCACCGUGUCCCCAUUCACAGGAGAGCUUGAUAUCUGCCCGCGGGACUGUCCCGCUAUCUUCUUCUGCUUCCAGAUCUUCAACGGCAGCAUCCAGAUCUCCAUCGAGAACCUCUGCAGGAUCAGCUAUGCUCUCUUUCCCCCUAGCACCAUGGUCUUGAAUGAUAUUUUCUCCCAAGGGUACCAGGACACGGCCCUUUUCCUCUACAGGAAUAAUGCCUUUGGCUUUAACUACUUCGAUGGCAAUUUCCGCUUCGCCACCAUGUGUGGGAAGAACGACUCCACACAAUCCAAAGGGACCUUCACCGGCCUCUGCAAAAGGGUUCCCCAGCGUCUGGCCCCCUGCUUCCUGCCAGGCUUGGCUCUGUGGAAGAAGGAACAGGUGACAGGACUCCAGGAUCCACUGUCAAAGCUCCUGCUGCAGCCAUACCGCCUGCCAGCUUACGCCAGGAAGGGGCUGAAGAAGCUGUGGGGACUGCUGGAAGGUAUCAGCUCCAUGGUAAAAUGGUGUCAGAAGGUCCUCCAAACCAUGGUGCCUGGUUUGCCUACGAGAGCCGUGGCCAGGAGGUGAGGAGUCGGGAGAUGCAAACCCUCAGCAGAGGGAGGACAAGGCGUAGAGCACCCCUGGGAACCUCCCCCAUGGGUCACUGCUGCUGAACAUGGCUAAAAAUCCCAAAUCUGGGGUCCCCCACAUUAAA